CACGAGUCCACGACGCUGCUCAACUGCAAGCCUACUUGAUCAUGCUUGACAGUGACGAAAAUCAGCUGCCCUGUCUGAAUGAAUGCUGACUCAUGUCACUGCUGUGCUCUAUGGCUACUUCUACCCCGGUUGAAGUUGAGCCAGACCUCGAGACUGCCCUUGGCUCCGUAGUGCCUGCGGCUAAUCAGACAUCUGCAUACUGUCCUUCGGCUGAGUAGCUACGUGACACUCAGACUCCUCUCAAGUACAAACUCUCACUGGCAACUUCUGUUGGCGGUAGCCAAGAAACCGAGGUCCAAGUACUGCCGGGUACCCAUCAAGCUAUAGCCGAGGUCCCAUCACAUCGUCGCAAACAAUGGAGGGCGCUUUUAGAGGUGCUCGGACUUGUGUCUACCAAUAUGACCUCACAUCUCACCCCAAAUUGUCAAACAGUCGUCUCAGGGGACCACGCGAGACUGUGCGAGCCACACCAGAGCUGCUUCCCGACCUCAACAGACAAGUCGACCUUCUUACUUUCAAGGGGAUCGAUCCCUUCUCAACGAGUCAGUCUGCUCCCUCUGCACAAGGCUUCCUCAGCUGGAGUCAUCUCUUUCACGGCGACUGCCCAUGUUAUCGGUGGCAGAGCCGCGAAAUAAGGACAUCUCGCGCCAUCGUGUCAGAUGACUUUACGAUCAGCAGUCGUGCAAUCUUAUUUUACGCUCUCCAGAUGUCUAGGAGUACUGUAUCGACAUCAGAUACGAGCCAACCGACCGGAACAAAUAAGCUUUGUCACAACUUGCUACUAGCCAAGGAGAACUUUGUGACAUCGCGUAUUUGCGAGAGCGAGCGCAGUCUAAGCGCUUGUUUGGGUUGCUACACCACAUGUUAGCUCCAAGAUGAGACGUUAUCACGAGGAUGAGCGUUCAGACUGGCCAAUGAUUCGGAACGGCCGGGUCCGCAUGGACUGAUAUGGCGCUUCUAUUGGACCAAGUGCUCAAAAACUAACCACAUAAGG